UGUCACCAUUUGCAGCGGGAUCUAGCCAUGUUGCGUCGAUUCCUUCAGCUGGGUGCCCUGGCUGGCACCAGUGGUGCCACCUACCUGGCAUUGCGCAACAACCAGUGGGAUGUCUCCAACAUUGGCAUUGUGCGCUUUGGACGGGCUGCAGCCACUGUGUCCAGGAUAGCAUGCGACUACAAGUUGGCCACCCUGGGAAUGGACCAGGACUCUGAGGAGUAUGCCAAGGCACGUUCAGAGGUGCACCAGCGAUCGGCAGAGCGGCUGCUUCAGCUGUGCUGCAUCAAUGGGGGCGUCUUCAUCAAAGUGGGUCAGCAUGUGGGUGCCCUGGACUACCUGCUGCCCGAAGAGUACGUCCGCACCCUGAGGGUGCUUCACAGCAAAGCACCGGCCUCUCCGCUCCACAACAUCCUCCAGGUGCUCCGCGAGGACCUCGGGCAAGACCCGGAGGAGGUGUUCUCUUCAUUCUCCGAGCAACCAAUCGGGGCAGCGUCCCUGGCUCAGGUCCACCGUGCCACCCUGCGCACUACGGGUGAAACGGUGGCCGUCAAGGUGCAGCACCCUUCCGUGCUGGGGAACUCCCUCGUCGACAUGGCCACCAUGGAGCUGCUGGUGAACAUUGUGGCCAAGAUAUUCCCAGAGUUCUCGCUCAUGUGGCUGGCAGAGGAGACCAAGCGCAACCUCCCUCUGGAGCUGGACUUUGUCAACGAGGCACACAACACGGAGCGGGUUCGCCGCAUGUUCUCCCACUUCUCAUGGCUCGAGGUACCUGAGAUACACUGGGACCUGACCACAAGGCGUGUGAUGACCAUGCAGUUCUGCGAGGGUGGCCAGGUCAAUGACAAGGCCUACAUGGAAAAAAAUGGCAUAUCAGCCAUGGAGGUGUCCAGUCGUCUGGGCCAGCUCUACAGUGAAAUGAUCUUUGUCCAAGGUUACGUGCACUGUGACCCCCACCCAGGAAACCUGCUGGUGCGACAGGGCAGCCAGGGACCGACACUGGUGCUGCUCGACCAUGGUCUGUACACGGAGUUGACUGACCAGUUCCGACUGCAGUAUGCCCACCUGUGGCUAGCCCUGAUCCGGCGGGACCUCGAGUCUCUGCAGUACUGGGGUAACCAGCUGGGUGUGUCGGGCGACCUUUACAAGGUCCUCUCGUGCAUUGUGUCGGGCCGCUCGUGGACCUCCAUCACUCGGGGCAUCGACCGCCAGAAGCACACCAAGGCAGAGGGUUCUGAAAUCAAGGAGUUUGCGAGCCAGCACUUCCCGCUCAUCUCUCAGAUCCUGGGCAUGGUCCCUCGGCAGAUGCUGCUCAUCUUCAAGACCAACGACCUGCUGAGGGGCAUCGAGACCAGUCUAGGGACACGAGGUGCGGCCCGAUCGUUCAUCACCAUGUCUCGGUGCUGCGUGCGUGCUGUGUAUGAGGACCAGCUGAAGCAUUGUGCCAACUGGUGGUCUAAAAUGGUGGUGGUGGUGCGUGCCUGCUUCGCACAGUCGGCCAUCACGGUGUACCAGACUUACCUGUGGUUUAGGACUAGACCACUCGUUGGGAGGCUGCUCAGGUCAGGCAAUGUGGCAUGAGCGAAGGACGUGCGAGUCUGUAACUGUGGCCUGUUGUUUGGUAACACAAAUAUGGGCUUGACUGGAUUUAUCAAGACUCUCCAAUGAACACCACAAAACAAGUAUGAUGUGAUGAGGCGCAUGUUCGUAUGGUAAGACACAAAGGGAUGGGAUGUUUUCGUCUUGAGAAUCUCAUCAGAACUUUUCUUACAUUGUGGGUGCCUGUGUGACGCAGCAAGUUGAUGUGAAAUGUGAGGAGUAGGAACACGUUGAGACUGACUGCACUCGUACGUUUGACUCCAAAGUGGUGGGUGCAGUCGACUGUGGAAGGCUGUUGUGUUUUGUAGCAAAAUGCUAGGAGUUCGUUCAGCCAGCUUUUUACUUCUAGUGUACCGAAAUCUUGUCACAGUUUGCACUGAAUUGCAAGAAUGUGUGAAAUGUGCCUAUUUUAGUGCCUUUAUUGCAUGCUUCGAUGCACUAGGUGUGAAUGUUCUGAAGUAAGAUUGCGGAGGACAAAGCUGUUGAGCAAUUUUUCUGGAGCAGAAAAUGUCCGCCACAUGACGGAAAAUUUCCAUCCGUCCUGCUCUUAUCUGCUGCCAUCGGAAUGUGUUUCAUGAAUAGUGCGCAUGUAAAAUAUGUGUGCUGGUUCAAUUCAGAAUCAGUGAACUUAAGUUUAAGGAAGCAGCUCCAUGACUUCAUAUUUUUUUUCUCGGCACUGGUCUCCGGUAUCAACAUGCCAGCAUAUUUUUAGCAACUUCACCCUUUUUCUGGUGUUAUAAUACUACUUACAUGACGGGUAACAUAUAGCUCUCCAAUGACUUUUAUCUUACCUGUGAUUUAUGGUUAGACUGGGAGUGAGCACGUCACAAAGUGGAGAAACAAGGGAGGUUCUCGAAGUGGCAAGUAUUGAACGAAACAGAAAAGUAUUUAACCAUCGAAGGUGGUGUUUAUACAUUCACUGUGGCUGUGCCACCAGUCUCUUAUGGAAUUUACUCUGACAGUGCAGCUGUUGGAAGAGUUUGUGUUCACAUGUGUGUGAAAAGUUGAGACAGGUGAGGAAAUAUAUGGUUUCUCAGUUUUUAGUGCCAGCGUUGUAGAGCCAUGAAACAUGACAUGAAGAGAACACGCAAAUCUGCAUGCCCCAUUCGUGGGUCUCGACACACAGGAAUUGACAAUCCCUAAGAGCGGAGCAGUAUUUGUCCAACAGGUGCCGUCCUUUGUGGAAGUAGGGAUGGAGUGAUGUCGUCAUCCUAUAGCGCAACUUCGUUAUGGCAAAGUCACAUGGGACUUUAUAAAAACGACCCACUUUGAUAGCUUAGCAUGCACUUAAGGUGUUGCGCUGUUGAUCUUGAGGACAUGUAUUCAAUUUCUGGUCAUGGUGUCUGCAUUUCGAUGGAAGUGAAAUGCAAAUGCACCCAUGCACUUAAAUUUACGUUACAUGUCAAAGAAUCCCGGGUGAUUGAAACUAAUUGGGAGUCCUCUUGUGACUGUAUAGUCUACGAGAAAGCAGAGCAUGAGUCAUUUUUCUUCAUAAAAGUUGUCCAGUGCAUGAAUAAAAACAUACAUCACUGACUAGUCCCGCAAUGUGUUUGUAAAAUGAACGAGUUCACGGCGAUCGAAAACAGUUUCAGUUUGGCAUGUUGUUUUAGAGGGACACUGAAGAACUAAUCUUGUCAUAUUAGUAAAUACCUUUUCGUAAUGGUAAAAGCACCACUCUUGCCGCGGGAAGAUGCCUUGUAAGCGAACAAAAAGUGCAAAAAGAAAAUGUAGUUAAGUUUUUGCACAAAGUGCUGUGACUUCACAGAUUUUCAUGUCGUCUGCUAGGGUGCUUAAUACCUGGUGCUUAAUCGCUAAAAAUCAAGUGCAUUGCCUUACAAAGAGACCACAGACCUAAUAU